UUUAAAUCAUGUGAUCGAUCCCUGUCAACAUUCUCAAAUCGUCAAGAUGGUGGAUCGUAAGGCACUACCGCUAGUGAUCAUGACAGGGUUCUGGGGAGUUGUGGGCAUUAUACUACCAAUAAUUGUACAUUUCCUAAUGCGAGGAUCGCCAAACAAAGGGAUUGUGCAGUUGAUGUUAAUGAUGACAGCUGCUUGUUGCUAUCUCUUCUGGUUAUGUGCGUUCCUUUUCCAAUUGAAUCCAUUGAUUGGGCCUCAGCUGGAUUCUGGUUUGAUAGCGUUUAUCCAGGCGGAGUGGGAAAAUAAUCCAGUAAAUCCUAAUUGAUUAUUGAGAUACAGAAGCAUUAGAUUAGUGAUGAUAUCCUAGACUGUUGUACAUAGACUGUGCAGUCCUCCGAUACAUCUAGUCACAUUCCCGUGGACCGUACAGAACUUACUGUAUCAAUUGGGUUCUUUUCAUUGUAUAGGGUGUUUAUAUUGUUACCAGGCUUUUUGAAGUAAAGAUAUUUACAUUGUAUUAAGAAUAAUUUGAGGUCCUUCAAUAUUAUAAUUAAAUUACAUGUAGUUCUAUUUCUUGUAAAAGUUCUCUGUUGGAUAAAAACAAUGAAUGAAUGACAUAUGCAAAAUUCAGAUUAGUUUGAAUUUGAAAUUUCAUUCUUGAUGAAUGAUUUAUUUGUAAUAGUGCACUUUUCUUUUGACAUGUGUGAUUACAUUUCACCUUUUCAUACAGAUCAUCAUGUGACAUUAAGUAUGUGCAUUGUACAUGUAUUAGAAUUUGAGUUGUAAAUAGGUAAUGAUUUUGAAAACAUGUAGUACAUGUAUUUAUACAAACGUAUAAACAGAAGAAUUGUUUUAUAUACAUGGGUAAUAUAUAAAAUUUUGUUGAAUAAUGAAUCAAA